AUGCCGGCGCUCGCCCCCUCGCCCGCACCCUCCCCAGCCCUCACCGCCCCAGGGCCGCCAGUGAAACAAGUGCGAACAGAGUUCCGGUCACGGGACGGACAGAAGGUCGACUCAGCAAGGUCAUCUAACCCGGCUUACUCCCCGGACCUCAGCCCUGGACCUGGUGGAGGCCACGCGGCCCGGGGCGGGGGUCCGGGAGGCGUCCCAGAGAACGUCACCGGAAGUACCCGAGCCGCCCGGGAGAGGGAGGCGGCGCUUCCGGCGGGCGGCGGGGGCUCCUGGCAGGUGUCCUACUACUGGUGUUUCUGCAGGAAGCAGCAAGCAGAGCCCCAGCCUGGGUCCACAGAACGCCACAGAGAGGGCUACCCUGAUGGACACAUGCACAGGACACUGCGGUUUCCAGAUCCUUGUGGGAAUGAGGAAGCUGGAGAGAGGCCCAGAGGUUCCCCUCGGGGACCAGUUGUUUAUGAGGAAACUGGAGGGGAGAAUGGCCAUGAGGACAGUGUGUCCGGGUCAGAGGUCAUGCUGAAUGCAGCCUCCACGGCCGAUAGUAGAGGCCACUGGAAAGGACGGCCUUACCGAUGCAGCACCUGCGACAGGAGCUUCAAAUGCUAUUCAGAUGUGGUGAAACACCAGAGCAUUCACUCUGGGGAGAAACCCUACGAGUGCAGCGACUGUGGGAAGGCCUUCAUCCAUAGCUCCCAUGUCGUCAGGCACCAGCGCAUUCACAACGGGGAGAGGCCUUACAUUUGUAAGGAGUGUGGGAAAGCCUUCAGCCAGAGCUUCAACCUCAUUAGACACCAGAGAAUCCACACGGGAGAGAAGCCCUACGAAUGUGCUGAGUGUGGCAGGUCUUUUAGUCAGAGGUCAGACGCCAUUAAGCACCAGAGAAUUCACACUGGCGAGCGGCUGUAUGAGUGCAGCGAGUGCGGGAAAACCUUCAUCCAUAGCUCAAACGUCGUCCGGCACCAGAGAAUUCACCACGGAGAGAAUCCUUACGAAUGCAAAGAGUGUGGGAAAGCCUUUAGCCAGAGCUCCAACCUCAUUCAGCACCAGCGGGUCCACACUGGGGAGAGGCCCUUCGCCUGCCAGGAGUGUGGGCGCGCCUUCAGCCGCAGCUCCUUCCUCAGUGAGCACCGGCGCAUCCACACCGGGGAGAAGCCCUACGAGUGCGGCGAGUGCGGCCGCGCCUUCAGGGCCCUGUCAGGCUUCUUCCGGCACCAGAGGAUCCACACUGGGGAGAAGCCUUUCCACUGUGCCAGGUGUGGCAGGGCCUUCCGCCUGAGCUUUCAUCUUAUCCAGCACCAGCGAGUUCACGGCAUGGACUCUGUGUACUUCGCCCCACAGGAAGAGGAUAAACCGUCUCGCUGGUCUCCAACUGCCCGUGGAGGCCUGCGGUUUGUCUGCCGCCGCCUUGCCAGGAGCACCGGAAAGGAAAGAGGAGCCUUGGGGAAGGAGACGUGA